AUGAUUCGACACGGAGAAAAAAAGAAGGAAAUAAAGGGGACGACCACGCGCACCUGUAUGGGAUUAUAUGGUGGUUGGAGAGGGAACAUCAAAAGGUCAUUAUCCCGCACGCUGUCAAGAUUGUCCCAAAUCCUGGACUCGUGGAGAAUCCUUGAAAAUGGAAGCACAUUAGCACUUCGUUGUCCAGCUACCAGUGAUGAAAUUCGCAAAUUCUAUUUGAAAAAAGUUGCCGCACAUUCUGCAGAAACUAAAGAAGAAACCCACAAUAUUGAUUCAUCAUUCUCUGCUCCAUCAAACAAAAAAACGCAAAGGACACCAAACAAAACUUGA